AUGACUUCUCUCCACCCACUCAAAGCACGCUUUCCUCUGGUCAGCUUGCCUCCCCGCCUUUUACCCUGUCCCCGGAUAGGUUCACCAUCGUCCGCGUUUACUAAGAGGAUAUACUACUACAUCCACGAGUAUGUUCUCCUACCGUUCUCGGAGUGGUACAUGAAGCACUUCAAGAUCGCGUCACCGAUGGGCAUAUUCCAGCUUCCCUUUGGCCUCAUUCUCAAGCGCCACGACCGCGUCCACGAACACGAGGGCCUCGCCAUGAACCUCGCCCGCGCCAUGGGUGUGCCCGCCCCACGUUUCGUCUCCUUCGGCUCGCUGGGCGUACCCUCCGCGUGCCCCUCGCUCCUCAUGACCCGCCUCCCGGGUUACCCCUUGGACUGGUUCGACCCGGGCCAAGUGGACAUGGACGUCGUCGCUGCGGACCUCACACGGAUACUCGCCCGCAUGCGCAGCUUCGCCAGCCCGCACGGUGCGGCCGUGUGCGGUGUGACCGGUAGGGAGAUCCGCGGCCCCAUGAUUCCCGGCUCGCCGCUGGCACCCUUUGCGGACGAGGACGCGUUCAACGCCCGCCUGCGCGCGUUCGUCACGAACGUCAGGAUGGAGCUUAUCACCGAAGGUGUCAAGCCGGAGAACAUGGACGCGGCGCUUGGAGAUCACCGCGCACGGGCAGAGACGGUGGAGAAGUGCUUAAUCGCGCAGGCUCCGCACGCGAUCGUGUUUACGCACGGGGACCUGAACAUGCACAACAUCAUGAUCGGCCCAGACGGGCACGUCUGCGGGAUCAUUGACUGGGAGGGCGGAGCGUGGCUGCCCGAGUACUGGGAGUUUAGCAUCACGGCCGUCAUGCCCACACUGCCCUGGGGCCAGUUCAUGGACAAGAAGGUGUCGGGUGGGGUCUACGAGCAGGAGCUCAAGGGACACCAGGCGCUGUUUAUGUACGUGGCGAACAGCUUCUCCUACUGAGCUUGGAGAAGUCUCCCAGUCGUGGUGCAGGUCGUUCGCGUAUCUUUGGGACUGUCUAGUUGCACUUGUCUAAUGACCUCAUGAUAUACAA